CUCCCAACCUCGACAACCACCUCACCGGCCGCCUGCAUCAAAUUUCUCCGCCCUCGUCCCCCUCCGGCGACCCAAACUACGCUCUCGCCCUCUUUAACACCCUCCCGAACCCGGACCCUUUCAUCUUUAACACCCUCAUUCAAUCUCUCUCCACCCGAUUCUACCCUCUCAUGCUCUCCCAACCUCUCCAGCCCAACGGCUUCACUUUCCCUUGCUUGCUCAAUAGGAUCACGAACAGCGGGGAUGCCGAGUUUGGGCAAAUGGUGCAUGCCCAUGUGGUGAAGUUUGGGUUUUGGGGAGAUGGGUAUGUGAUGAAUGGUUUGGUUCAUAUGUAUUUGAGUUUUGGGGAGGUGGGUGAUGCGUUGAGGGUGUUUGAUGGAAUGGGGGAGAGGAGUGUGGUGAGUUGGACGACGGUGAUUAGCGGGCUUGCGAGGUUGGGGUUGGUUGGGGAGGCGAGGCAGGUGUUUGAUCGAAUGGGUGACAGGUGUUCUGUCUCUUGGAAUGCCAUGAUUGCCGCUUAUGUGAAGGCCGAGAGAUACAAGGAUGCAUUCGACCUAUUUGACCAAAUGAGGGAGGAGGGCAUCAAGAUUGACAAGUUUGUUGCUGCUAGUAUGCUCUCAGCCUGCACAGGUUUAGGUGCUCAUGAUCAAGGACAAUGGAUACACAAACACAUUGAAAAGUACAGGAUCGAAGUAGAUCCUAAACUUGCAACCACAAUAAUCGAUAUGUACUGCAAAUGUGGUUGCCUAGAAAAGGCUCAAAAUGUCUUUAAAAGCUUACAAAACAAAGGCCUAUCAUCAUGGAACUGCAUGAUCGGAGGUCUAGCAAUCCACGGUCGAGGAGAGGAAGCAAUUGAACUUUUUAAAGAGAUGGAGAGAUCAAUGGUGCCUCCAGACGAUAUCACUCUUCUCAAUGUUCUCACUGCUUGUGCACAUUCUGGCCUUGUUGAUGAGGGUCAAUACUAUUUUGAUUAUAUAGUUCGCACUUAUAACAUUGCGCCCAAAAUGGAGCAUUUUGGAUGCUUAGUUGAUAUUCUUGGAAGAGCUGGGCUCUUUGAAGAAGCUAAAAAAGUUUUGAAUAAGAUGCCAAUGGAUCCGGAUGCUAGGGUUUUGGGUGCACUUUUUGGUGCAUGCAAGAUACAUGGGAUUAUUGACUUGGGCGAACAAAUUGGUAACAGGGUUAUUGAAUUAGAUUCAACAAACAGCGGGAGGUACAUUUUGUUGGCUAACCUCUACGCGUCUGUUGGUAGAUGGGAUGAUGUGGCAAAAAUUAGGGUUCUGAUGAAUGAGCUAGGGGUGAAGAAGGAGCCAGGCUGGUCCGUGAUUGAAUUUGAUGGUGCAAUUAAUGAGUUCAUUGCUGGUGGAAUGUCGCAUCCUGAGGCUAAAGAAAUUUAUGCUAAGGUUGAUGAAAUGCUGGAUGCUAUUAGACUAGAAGGUUAUGUGCCGGAUAUUGGCGGAGUUUUACAUGAUAUUAAAGAGGAGGAGAAGGAGAAUCCUCUGCAUUACCAUAGUGAGAAGCUAGCGAUUGGAUUUGGGCUAUUAAAAACUAAGCCAGGUGAGACAAUUCGGAUCUCAAAGAAUUUGAGGGUUUGUAAAGAUUGUCAUUACGCGAGUAAGAUUAUAUCGAGGGCUUAUGAUCGUGAGAUUGUGGUUAGGGAUCGCAAUAGGUUUCACCAUUUUAGGGGAGGGGUGUGUUCUUGUAAGGAUUACUGGUGAAGUGCAGUUUCACCAUCUUAGAUAUCUUUUAAAGCUUAUGGGUGAGUUGUGACUAAACCUUACUAAAUUGGCGAAUUAUUCUGUACGUACUGAUCAUGGACCCCCAACAAAUGUUGGGGUUUCAAGCAGAUAACCACGUAAAAUAUGCUGACAGUUAUGAAUGUGGCAGCAUUCGGAUAACCGGAGGCAAGUUUGUUCACAGUUUACCAAUGUUGCACAGGAAAUAGUUUGUUUUGGAGAGAGCAGAAUUGCAGGCUGUUGUGGUCACAAAAGCACACAUUUUGAUGUGGGCAUUUUGCAUUCGGGUAUUCCUAGUGAUCGUUUCAUGCUUUUAGAUUGAAAAUUGUUGUACCGAUUAGUGGAUCCUGGGGUAUGCCUGAGAUUUGGAUGUACUUUUCAAGCCAUGGUAAUGAACUUUUUUCACUUACCAAAACAAAGUAUAAUUCUUGUUUCUUCUUC